AAUAAAACCCUGGACCCAUUUGUGCGGAUCCCACCCUCACUCUUCCGGUUCCUAUGUUAGCCUUCUCACUCGCCGUCUCCACAGCUUCGGUCUGUUUUCUCCGUCGCCGACCGUUAAGAAACGGGACCGUGGCUUCUGCCCCAUUUCCCCGGCGCAUGCUGGAAAUCACCACCGCCUCCUGGCGGCCCUCGCCCCCGAUAUUUCGUCUCAUCUCCUCUCUCUCUUCCCGAAACCCUAGCAGAGAAGAACCCUAACUCUCUCCUUCUCCUCGCUUCGUGAUAUCUUGGCGGAGGUCUUCGUCCGUCCCCAUCGCCGUCGAUGGCGGGAGAGUGGGUCGAGCGCCGGGGAAGUGUGUGGAAGGACUGCGCGCGGGCGCUGCAGCUCCGGAUCCGGGACCGGUUCCGGGUGGCGGUGGAUCGCCACCGCAACUGGCGAGUGGAGGCCGACUACUCCUUGACGCUCCGGCGCUGGAUCCUCCGCGUCCGGAGCGUCUGGAGGUGUCCCUCCACUCCCGCUCGUUCUUCUUCUUUGAGAUUCUAUCGCAAAAGAGUGGACAAGAAUGUUGAUGAAGUUGAUGAUUCAAUUGUAGUUCGCUUACUUCGAGCCUUGGCAGUUCCUGUUAUUGGGAAUGCUUGUCAUGUCUUUAUGCAUGGGCUGAACUGUGUUCAGAUAUAUGGUGCAGAAAAAUUACAUCAGGCAUUACUAGAAAGACCUGAAGGCACACCUCUUAUAACGGUUAGCAAUCAUGUGGCCGCUGUCGAUGACCCACUUGUGAUUGCAUCUCUACUUCCACCAAGUGUUAUGUUAGAUGCCCGCAAUUUAAGAUGGACACUAUGUGCUACCGACCGUUGUUUUACAAAUCCAGUGUUGUCUGCAUUCUUCCGGUGUGUCAAAGUUUUACCUGUUUCACGUGGUGAAGGUAUUUAUCAAAAGGGAAUGGAUAUGGCUCUGUCCAAGCUAAACAAUGGUGGGUGGGUUCAUAUAUUUCCAGAAGGCAGUCGCUCUAGGGAUGGUGGAAGAACCAUUGGUUCUGCCAGGAGAGGGGUUGGAAGGUGUUUGAGGAAGCUUGCUGGAAUCAGAUCAUGUUCAAACCAACCAUAUGAAAAUAUCCUGCCUUGUCUGUCUUACUAUUCUGGUGAUGCUUUGAGGUUGGUGAUGGAUGCAGAUAGUACUCCUAUGGUUAUUCCCUUUGUCCACACUGGGAUGCAAGAAAUCAUGCCCCUGGGAACGCACUUUCCAAAGAUUGGAAAGAAGGUGACAGUGCUGAUUGGUGAUCCAAUUGCUUUUGAUGAUUUGCUCAUUGAUAAGGAUGAUGCUCAGCAUGAUUCUAGAGGAAUUCUAUAUGAUGCUGUGUCAUCAAGGGUUGGUCAUCGGCUCCAAGAGCUAAAAGUCCAGGUCGACAGAUUAGCCCUGGAACAACCAUUAGAAGUUCAAGAAUAUUAUAUACAUAAUAGCAAACGUGGAUAUGGAAUUUGGCAGCAGGUUGAUUGGGAAGCUUUUGGCAUGGGAAACUUCAUGUUAUCAGAGGAAGACUCUAAGUUUGCUAAGCGAGCAAGUCCCAAGCAAACAGUGCAGAAUGUUGAUCAGCCCCAGAAGCUCAACCUUGCUCCUCGGACUUUUAGGGAGGGAUUCUCAUGUGAAGGUGGUAUUGUCUCCAGAAUUCGUGGAUUCAUGAAUCCAACUGAUCUCAUGGGGUUUGCUGCUAGAGGCUUGUUUGUGAACGGCAGGACACCGGAUGGAAGGCGUCAAAGCGUUCAAGAAGUGGGUCUUAAAGCCUGGAAACAGUUCCUUGAAGGAAAUAUAUUCCAGCAAUGGAAUAGCAUGUGAUUGUGGGUUCUCAAUUUUGCAAAAAGCUGGGACGCAGCUCUAGCGAAGGGUGUGCAGAGGCAGUAGCAUAUUUCUCAAGUGAAUAACUUGUGCAGUAUUGUCAAUUGUAUGCUUGAGUGACAUAUUAGAUCUCAGCUUCAGACCCUGUCUCCUACAAUGAAGAUGCGAACUUGCUUCUCAACCUCAAGCUAAAUCAUUCCUGUAUCCUUUACUCUCUCAUAAUCCUACCUCUCUCCUCCCGUUCUCCUCCUGAUGAAGAUAUGUCAGCCAGCAGAGGAUAAGCUGCUGAGCAUUGUGGUUCCAGAAGAAGUAAAGCGUCAGCCUGUAUAUUUUCCCAUUACCAAAUUACCAUGAAUGCUACGUGUCCCAAAUAAUGCCUGCCAAAAAAGAGGACUAGUUUCUAUGCGCAACUUUUCUAUAAAUCUUCGUGCAUCAUUCA